GAGAAAAGCCGGGGGCGAAGAAAGGCAGGUUCCGCCUCCCCCGGGCCCGCGUGCACACACACGCCCACCGUGGCUCGGGCUGGCUGAGCGCGGGCGAGUGUGAGCGCGAGUGUGCGCACGCCACGGAGCGCCUCUCUGCCCUCUCCUCGCACCCUGAUCAGGGCAUCUUGAGAGCCUGGAAACGUGAACACGCUUAAAGUAUGGCAUGUUGCAAAGAUGGUUUCUGCCAAGAAGGUGCCCGCGAUCGCGAUGUUCACCGGGGUCAGCUUCGCCCUCCUGCGCUUCCUGUGCCUGGCGGCUUGUUUAAACGAAAACACAGGACAGAACCAAAAGGACGAGAAAUUAUGCCCGGAAAAUUUUACCCGCAUCCUGGACAGUUUACUCGAUGGUUAUGACAACAGGCUGCGUCCCGGAUUUGGGGGUCCUGUUACAGAAGUGAAAACUGACAUAUAUGUCACCAGCUUUGGACCUGUUUCUGAUGUUGAAAUGGAAUACACAAUGGAUGUCUUCUUUAGACAGACAUGGAUUGACAAAAGACUAAAAUAUGAUGGCCCCAUUGAAAUUUUGAGAUUGAACAAUAUGAUGGUAACAAAAGUAUGGACCCCUGAUACUUUCUUCAGGAAUGGAAAAAAAUCUGUCUCACAUAAUAUGACAGCUCCAAAUAAGCUUUUCAGAAUUAUGAGAAAUGGCACUAUUUUAUAUACAAUGAGACUCACCAUAAGUGCGGAAUGUCCCAUGAGAUUGGUGGAUUUCCCUAUGGAUGGUCAUGCCUGUCCUUUGAAAUUUGGGAGUUAUGCAUACCCGAAGAGUGAGAUGAUCUAUACCUGGACAAAAGGUCCUGAGAAAUCGGUAGAAGUUCCAAAGGAGUCUUCCAGCUUAGUUCAGUAUGACUUAAUUGGACAAACGGUAUCAAGUGAAACUAUCAAAUCAAUUACAGGUGAAUAUAUUGUUAUGACAGUUUACUUCCACCUCAGAAGGAAGAUGGGUUAUUUUAUGAUUCAGACAUAUAUUCCAUGCAUUAUGACAGUGAUUCUUUCUCAAGUUUCAUUCUGGAUAAAUAAGGAAUCGGUUCCAGCUAGGACUGUAUUUGGAAUAACCACAGUUCUCACCAUGACCACUCUGAGCAUCAGUGCAAGGCAUUCUUUGCCCAAAGUGUCCUAUGCAACCGCCAUGGAUUGGUUCAUAGCUGUCUGCUUUGCUUUUGUAUUUUCGGCCCUUAUUGAGUUUGCUGCUGUCAACUAUUUUACGAAUAUUCAAAUGCAAAAAGCCAAAAGGAAGACAUCAAAACCUCUUCAGGAAAUUCCGGCUGUCCCAGUGCUAAGAGAAAAGCAUCCUGAAGCACCUUUGCAGAACCUGGAUGCCAAUUUGAACAUGAGAAAAAGAACAAAUGCCUUGGUUCACUCUGAAUCUGCAGUUGACAAGAGAACUGAGGUGGGAAACCAUUCAAGCAAAUCUUCCACAGUUGUUCAGGAAUCUUCUGGAACCACACCUAAGUCUUACUUAGCUUCCAGUCCAAACCCAUUCAGCAGUGCAAAUGCAGCUGAAGCCAUAUCUGCUGCAAGAGCACUUCCGUCUGCUCCUCCUUCCACUCCUUGUCAAGCUAUGUAUGUGUCCCAACAAGCCUCAGUUGGAUCUGCUACUAUCCACCAUGUGUUUGGAUCAAGACUAGAGCGAAUUAAGACCACGGUUAAUAUCGUAGGGACUUCAGGAAAGUUGUCAACCACUGCUCCUCCUUCUGCUCCACAACCAUCUGGAUCUGGCACAAGUAAAAUAGACAAAUAUGCCCGUAUUCUCUUUCCAGUCACAUUUGGGGUCUUUAACAUGGUUUAUUGGGUUGUUUAUUUAUCUAAGGACACUAUGGAGAAAUCAGAAAGUCUUAUGUAGUUUUAUUACUAUAGUAGUUUCGUAAAAUAUGAUGAAAAGGAUGUCUUUUUAAAUGUUUGCAGAGAUAAAUCAUUAUUCUUUACUAAAAUAAAAAGUCAAUGUAUUUUUUCCAUUUUUAAAAUAUGCAAGCCACUAAUUGGGAGAAGUGGUUUAUUCCUCAGUGAAGAGAAAACAAAUCACCUUCCUUCUUGAAUCAGUUCCUCAUUUGAAUUAGAUGAAAUGCUGACCCAUCAUGGAAAGUUUGGUCAAGGGGAAUAGGGCUAUUUGAGAUAAGUGGUGCAUAUCUGUGCAUUGAAACUUGAAAACAGACUAUGACUUUUUUAAAUAUACACUACAAAUAUCAAACAACCACCUGAAUUACCCAGUGGCACUGCCCUUAAUGAGAACUGUUUAUCAGGUACCAUACACAGUGACCUUUGGAGAGUCUCUUACUACCUGCAAGCAAAGGACUUCCCCACUUAAACAAAAUAUGGAGUAAAAAACAAACAACAAAAAAAGACAAACAAGAACAAACACUGGCCAAGAGACUGAAACCUCUGCUACAUCAAAAAGCAAAGGCAUAGCCCAGGGAAAAUAUGUUCCCUUUCAUAUGUUGGCCAAACAGUACUGAACCGUUGACUUGAAAAUCUGUGCUCUCAACCAAAGUUUAGCUCGUAUGAAUUCUUUUUGAUAAUAGUUCUUUCAGUUAUGUAUUCAUUCAACACAUCUAUUCAGAGCCUUCUGUGUUCUCACUGCUAUGCUAGGCACUAUCCCUCUAGGAAAGCUCUUUUGCAUUUAUCUACAAUAUUACUUUAGUAAAAUAGUGCAUGCUCAGGAGCCAUAAACUAGCAGAGAACUUUGCGUUCUUUACUGAAGGAAGUUAAUUUAUAGUAUGGCAGCAUAUUCACAAUAUAUAUUUCCUCCAUAUUGAUAAAGGAUAAUCAGUAUAUUUGAUACUUUUGAGAUAAGUAAACAUUAGUACAACUUGGACAAUUGACUUUGAAAAUAUAAUGAAAAUGUGCUACAGAUUAUUCUGUAUGUGACAAGCACCAUGUACCUGAAACUAAAAUGUGGGGCACUGUAAGAUCUGACAGAUUACCUGUCUCAAAUCUGACCAGAAUCACAGAAUAGAAACAUCAGAAACAUAUAUUCAACAUAAGGCAUUUAGAUGCUUUUCCCAACACAGAUCUACAUUAUCUGGUGAAAUACUACCUUCUGGAGAGUUUUUGUGUCCAUAGCUCUGUAUUUCUGAACAGUUUUUGUGUUUGUUUUUCUGAGAGUUUUUGGAAGAUUUCAUAAUUAAAGGAGCAGCAAAACAAUGGAGAAAAGAAAAAAAAUCACAACAAAAGGGCAGGAUGCUGCUGACUCUGAUAUGCAAUUUAAAAGGAUUUUCAAGCAAUGAUUUUUCUUUUUCAUUGGAUAGGCUUAACAACUUAAUUUCAUUCUUUGCAGCUGUUUUAUGAAGCUCAGUCCAGGUCUCAUUUUUUUGUUUGUGUUGUUUCCAAAUUUUUCUUCUAUACCUCUCUACCCAAUCUGGGGAUGUGCCAGUGAAUGUUUUCUGAGUGUUUGGGGUAGCAUUAUGAUAGUAAUGGACACCUUGCAAACAGGAUUUUAUUUUCUAGAAAAGAAUUGUUAUUAAUUUAUUGAUGUUGACUUUUCAGUUGUUAGAUUAUCUUGGGAUGGUUGUAUAUGAGAUCUGUAAAAUGUACAAAUGCCAAUUAUUAAUUGUUAGUCAUUUCUGAGAACUUUUUCUUGGCUAUGUCUCUCGAUGUUUCAUAGAAUUAUCACAUUUUAAGGCUGAAAGAAGAUUUAGAAAUUAUCUAGUGCAAACCCCUCAUUUACAAAUUGAGGCCCAAUAAAUUUGUAUAUAUUGUAUAUAUUUAAUAAAGAGUACCUGCACAAAAAAGUUUAUCAUAAAUUAUUUCAUGAAUGUGAAUUGGCUUCCAGGCUUGAGGACAAUCCUUGAAAUUGCGUUUGGAAGCUGUUUGUUUUCAUUAUUCUGAUGAAAUGGCCUUAUUUCUUUGAUGAGGAUCAUUUUCUCCUUCUUAUUUAUUGAUCUGUUCUUAAGAGAUAUUCCAUUGGCUUUUCUUUUUAAUUCUUCUGUAAUCUUUUUAGAUUUUAAAGGAAUAAAAAAUAAAUGAAUUUAGAUUUGUAGGCCAGAGAUCCAGUUGAACUUGUAUUUUUUCUUACCUUUGUAUAUGAAGAAGAUUUUAAAAUAAAUCAAGUGGCUAAACAAACAUUAAGGACAGUUAACCAAGGAUUCCUAACUGUUAAUUUGAAGAUGAAAUUGACCAGAAAGUUUAAUCGUUGGUAAAUAAAGAAUUAUUUAAUUUA